GGUACAACUGUACCUAUGCUUCGGCAGCCUGUCUACAACCUACAUUAUUUUCCAGGUUCAGCCAUCGUGUGCUACCAAUGCAACAGCCACAAUGACUCCCGCUGCCUCAUGGACAAGCUGCCCGACUCUCUUCGCAAGGAGUGCGGCUCCAAGGACACCAUGUGCAGGAAGAUCUCGCAGACCGUAGAGUUCGAGAUGAACGGCAUGCCACCGGACAGCAGGGUCAUCCGAGGGUGCGGCUGGGACGAGAGCAACUACAAGGUCGGUACAAUGUUGUAAUUAGUAGACGGUCUAUA